AAUUCUAUUCUAUAUGUGAAGUAUCUAGGUAUAUUUAUUAAUAAAUUAGUAUAUUAUAUUUUACGUUACAGAUAAAAAUUUCGAUUUUUAUACUGUCGCGAAGGUUCUCACGGAUUAAAGAAAUUCCAAAGUUGCUUAUUUCGUGCCGAUGGAUAGUCAAAAGCAAACAGACGAGAUCAUUGCACUAGGAAGUAUUUAUAAUGCAGAAGAAUUUUCAUACCACGAGGAAAAUGGUACUUAUCAAUGCAGUUUCAAGAUAUUCAUAAAUCUUCCUACGAACUACACGGUAACUUACAAGGAUUCUAGACAGCCAGAAGAACCUUUGCAAAAGAUCAAAGUAUCGCAUUUACCACCUUUAACGCUGCACAUCAUUUUACCCGAAGAUUAUCCUUCCAUAUCGCCGCCGAGAUUUACUUUGGCUUCGUCAUGGUUGCGUAUCACGUUAUUAGCCGAAUUGUGUAGAAAAUUAGAUGAUCUCUGGGAGGAAAACAAAGGACAAGAAAUUUUGUUUAUAUGGAUAGGCUUCAUACAAGAUGAGAUCUUGGAAUUUUUGAAUAUACAAGAAAGUGUUAAUAUAAAUCAUGCGUAUACACGUUAUAAGAAGACUUUGGAAAAGAAACAAGUCAUUCAGGAAAAUGAAAUAAUAGAUGUAGAGAAACUAUGUGUUAUCGAGAAUACAAAGAAGGAAGUGAAAACUCUAAAUAAAACUCAAUAUUUGAGUAAAAAGAAUGUUGUACACAAAUGCUAUGAUAAGCGAGCUAUUUUAGAUUGCCCCAUUGAUAGGAAUCCUAUUCAAGCAUUGAUUGAUUACAGUGAAGAACGCGAACACAUUGAAUUCCAGAAAAGCUUCUACACUUGUAAGAUAUGUUUUGUGGAUAUAAUGGGAAAACAAUGUACACAGUUUUUGCCAUGUUCUCACGUAUUUUGUAAGGAAUGUAUAAGGAGUUACCUCAGGGUAAAGAUCAAAGAUGGAAAUGUACGAAAUAUCUGUUGUCCUGAUGAAAAAUGUACUUCCGAAACAACUCCUGCUCAGAUAAAAGAUCUAGUAAGUACAGACUUAUUUGCAAAAUAUGAUUCUAUACUACUGAGUGUCACAUUAAAUACUAUGAUGGAUAUAGUAUAUUGUCCAAGACGUAGUUGUCAAUAUCCAGUUACUCGUGAACUAAAUGAACAAAUGGCAAAUUGUCCAGUGUGUCAAUACGCAUUUUGCAUUUACUGCAAAAUGGUGUACCAUGGUAUAGAACCAUGUAAAGUCUACUCUGCUGAAACACAACGGUUGGUAACUGAAUAUCAAGAAGCCUCUAAUGAUAAGAAGCUUCAGAUGGAACAGCGCUACGGUAAAAAACAGCUUCAAUCUUUAGUAGACAAUGCCAUGUCUGAGAAUUGGAUUAAAAGUAAUAGUCAGAAGUGUCCUAAAUGUAAUGCUGCUAUCGAGAAAUUAGAUGGUUGCAACAAAAUGGUAUGCUGGCAUUGUAACACGUUCUUUUGUUGGUUAUGCGGUGAUAUUCUUAACCGUGAAGCGCCAUACGAACAUUUUCUAGAUAUGGGUUCGAAAUGUUAUAACAUGUUACAUUACGGAAUAUUACAUGAGGAAGAAAUUGAAGAAGAUAACAAUUUCUUUGAAUUUCCAUAUAAUUUGAAUUACGAGUCGGAAGACGACAAUUAACAUCAGGAGUUUGUAAUAUAAAAUUGAAAUAAACAAAACAGUAAUAAUACAUUCAGAAAUUUAGCAGCCAUUGUUAAUUUUCGAACGAAUAUGUUCAUUUUUUACUCAUUUUUGCAGUGCAAAAAAAGUGAAACAUUUCCAUUGGAAUCGACCUCUAAUUGUAUAAUUCUUUCUAGAAAUCCUGUAAUUUUUUAACGUCUCGUAUAUUUAUAAGUGUUUGUGCCUGUACAAAAAAGAAUGUAUGUAUAUUUUCGUUAAGUUUAUUAUAUAAAUACCAUGCAAAGUUUAGAGCAUUAUUUUGUAAACUGUUUUCUUAAAGUAAUCUAUUCUUUCGUAAAAAAUUUGUAUAUGUUUGAAAAUGGCCGGUUUGAACAAGAUGGGCCGCGUUCUUGGCCGUCACGAGGUUUCGACCGGCACGCAGAAAAUCGACGCGUGCGCCCAAAAUUGGUUUUGACGCAUCGCGCAGUGGGAGCGGCAGCGAUUCUCUCUAGCACAAAGCGUGCCCGUCGUGGCGGCCAAGAAAUGAGCUAAUUCUUGAACAGUAUAAAAUAUGAAUAUGCGAUUUUGAACCGUAUCGAACCGUAUAUUGUAUCUACGAAAAAUGUAGUACGAUUAAUGAUUUAAGGUUAUGAUUACCAAGUAAUUGCACAAUAAUUAUUCAAGUUUACCGAUUUAUAAUUCCGAUUAUAUGGUAAUUAUAGUCAUAAAUCGC